UAAUGCGUGAGUAUGGAAGUAUACUCUAUAGAGUACGUGAGUUAAGUUAAGUCGAAGUCAACGAAGCUAUAUUCCAUAUAUGUACAUAUAGAUAUACUAGGCAAUGCUAUUCUUUACGGUUCUGCUUUGCUGCAGUUUCGCCAGUUCACCUCCGUGAACUGCCGUGAAUUGGCCGUCACAAAGUAGUGGGUGUCACCGCCUUCGGUUCAGUCAAUCUGACCAGAUCUGACUCAUCUAACCUCUGCGGGCUUUACGUACUUUGAAAACAGAACGCUGUCAUUUAACUAUACAUAUCAAUCCUGACAAAUAAUUAGUGCUGCUUAAUAUUUUCGCCGACAUAGAUCGUCGGGAAUAAUAUGGAGACCUUUGGAGAUAACUUUGUAACCAACGACUUGGAGGUCGAUCCAGCUGCGGAGUUCCUAGCCAGGGAACAGGAUCAGUUGGCUGGGCUAGAAGUUGAGAUUCCGGCAGCAGCUGCUGCUCCGAUUGAAGAUGGUAUGACGACUACAGUGAAAGCUGAAGAGAAUAGUGGAAGCUUUGAGAUGAUCAACACUAUUGACCAACAACCAACAAUAGUCGAUGAGGAUCCAACCCCCAUGCCACCUAUGCCUAUGAAAGAAGAGCCAGAAAAAAUCAAAAAGUGGAGAGAAGAACAAAAAGCAAUACUAGAGCAAAAAGAUUUAGAGGAAGAAAAGAAAAAAGAAGAGUGGAAAGAAGCUGCCAAGAUGGAAUUAGAAGAAUGGUAUAAACAUCAUGCAGAGGCAAUUAGUAAAACAAAAGCUACUAACAGGGAAUCAGCCAAGAAUGCCGAGAAACAAUUUGUUGCCGAAGCUGACGAGAUCGAGCCGGGGACCGAGUGGGAACGCAUUGCCAAGUUGUGCGACUUCAAUCCAAAAUCGUCGCGAACCUCAAAAGACGUCUCUAGAAUGCGCUCCAUCAUUUUACAGCUGAAACAGAAUCCGCCACCCGAACUGAAGGCUUGAUUUCUCUUUCACUAGCUAUUGUCAAGAGCAGUGUAUUAACGAUGUACGUAGGCGUGUGUAAAAAAAUUCAGAAAAGAAACUAUACUAAAAUAAUUCCAAUGCAAGAAAAUAGCAAACCAAGUAUUCUCUAACUUUGUGUGACAACGUAUUAAUGAGACACUUAUUGCGUUGAGUAUAUAUCGAUUUUUUAAGGAUAUUUAGUUUAUUCACAAAGGGACUGCAAAAUAAAAUAAAUAUUAAUUAUGAAAA